AUGGCACCGCCAGAGCGCGUGUCGUUCGCCUCGCUCGCCCCUCGCACCACCCUCCCGCCCACCGCCGCCCUCGAGGGCGAGGUCGUCUCGGUCCGCCCCUUCUCGUCGUCGGCUCGCACCGCCGCCCUCUCGCUCGCCCAGGCCGCCGCCCCAGGGUCGUCCGCCGAGCCGCUCAAGGUCCAGGUCGAGCUGCGCGGGGCAUGGGCGCAGCACGCCGCCGAGCAGCUCGCGCAGCUCAAUGGCCGAGGGCGCGUACGCCUGUUUGCGCGCGAGGGGGAGUGUGCGCGGGUCGAGCUCGUGCCGGUCAGGGCGGGAGGGCCAGCUGCAGAUGUGCCCGAGGGCAGGCGGCUCAAGGUCGUGUUCGAGCGUGGGAUCCAGGGCCGGUGGGUCGUCGGCGAGCCAGGCUCGGCCGGCAAGGGCCAGGACUUCGACUACCGCGCCGAGGCGAGGUCCAAGCAUCGCCUCAAGCCGCUCGCCCACUCGCUCUCGGACGACGAGGUCGUCGAGCCUCCUCCGCCAGCCCGCCAGCCGACGUUCGCCGAGCGCAACAACCUCCCCUCCCGUCCUGUCGCGGGCUCGAGCCGCGACAAGCUCGUCGUCCCGACCGGCAACCCGCACAGCCCGUGGAUCGGCGGUGCGGCGCCGAGCGAGGCGACGGCGCCGAGCAGCAUCCAGUCGUCGACUCGCGCCGGCCAACCUGUCGCGUCGUCGUCGAGGUCGUCGUCGGGCGAGCCCAAGACGAAGAAGAAACGCGAGAACCGGGAGGUGCGCACGACUUGGGGCCUGUCGUCGUCGUCGACCAACUACAUCUACACGGCUCUCGACACGCUCCCGACGCUCGGCAGCAGUGGCGGCAUCAACAUCAUCGCCAUGGCGGUCGUCGCGAGGCCGACCUUGAGGGUGGAAGGCGGCAGCCGAGAUUGGGGUUGCAUCCUCGGCCUGCACGACCCGACCACGGCGACCUCGAACUUCAAGACCGAGGUCAAGUACUUCGGCAAGCGCGAGGAGGACGUCCCGGUCGUGCAAGAUGGCGACAUAAUCGUGAUCCAGGGCCUCAAUUGGAAGAAGGACAACAAGAAGCUCACCGCCUACAAGGACAAGGGCCACUACUUCGUCCUCCCGUCGGCAAGGCUCCUCGACGGCACCAAGCUCGGCAACUUCAAGCCGCCGCCGUGCCGCAGCGCGUCGCUCACCGACGCCGAGCUGUCGUACGCUCGCGACAUCGCCCGGUGGGCGAGGAAGCACGCGCUCCUCGACGACGUGCUCGUCCGCCAAGCGGCCGACAGCGGCGUCGCGCCGCCGAACCCGCCCGCCGUCGACGCCAAGGCGAGGAGCGCGACCUUUGCUCGAGGCGGCGACGGCGGUCGCAAGCUCGUCACCGUCGAGGAGGUGUGCGCCGACACGUUCUGCGACAUCCAGGGCGAGAUCGUCAAGUUCUACAAGCCGUUCGGCGGCACGGUCGGGCCUCACGACGCCUGCUCGCUGUUCAUCACCGACUACACGACCAACGACCAGCUGUACGCCUACUCGGACACGUCCGAGGUGCGCACGCCCGGCCAGGUCACGUUCCAGGUCUCGAUCUUCGGCAACCAGAACGACCCGCUCCUGUCGCUGUCCGAGGACAAGCUCGUCGGCCGCCUCGUCCACCUGCGCAACGUGCGCCCCAAGAUGACGGCGCACGACUUUCUCGAGGCGACGAUGGUCGAGGACCCCAAGUACGAGAACCGGCGAGACGUGACCCUGUGCCGGAGCGGCGUCGACCUCGGGCGCGAGUGGCACGAGGCGUUCAAGCAGCGACGCACGGCGUACUGGGCUUCUCUCGCCGGCGGAGGCGACGGCGGGUCCGUGCGCGCGACGGGCGACGAGAAGCCUCUCACGGCAGCAGCUGCAGAUCCUCUCACCUCGCUCUCGAAUACGACCGGCCUCACCCAGCAGUCGAUCUCGUCGGCGCUCGCGCUCAAGGCCGAGGGCAUGUACCGCUUCCGCGCCCGCGUCAUCGACUUCUAUCCGGAUCGUCUCGAGGACUGGGUGAGGGCGUUCUGCCCCACGUGCGGCGACGAGCUCAGCGCAAGUGAGACGACGUGCAUCGACCAUGGGCAGGUCAAGCACGAGUGGAGCUUCCUGCUCGCGCUCGCCGACGAGCAAGAUGGUGGAGGUGGUGCGACGGACGGCCAGGUGCCGCACGUCUUUGUCCCGGUCGCAGGCGACGCAGGCGAUGCUCUCCUUCCCAACUUUACCCCUUCCCUCUUCACCUCGCUGCGCUUCGGCGACUCGUCCGCCCUCUCGACCCUCACCUCUCGCCUGCGCGGCAUCCUCGGCACGAUCCUCGAGACCAAGCGGCGCAAGAAGCCCGUCCUCUUUGGGCACGCCGGUCCGGCCUGGGACGUCGUCCUCGAGGCGACGAAGGAGGACGACCAGCUGAGGUGGUUCUUCGCGCCGGGUCGAGUCGCUUUCCGAUAGCCCUCUCCUUGCCUCCUACUCUAUCUCGCACUGCAUAGUUCGUUCGGUCUCUC